UGUUGGUAAACAAACUAGUGAACGAUCGUAAAAAAUCACCGAACCGGAAAUGGACCCCGGUAAGCGAUCGCUUCGUGACAAAAUCUUCAGCAGACUGCCCAAGGCGGCACGCACGGAACCAGCCAUCGUCGUAGAGGAAAUCUCGAACCCACCACCACCGCCCAUCCAACAACCAGAUCGGAACCCGGAACCGGAAGUUGACUCGGACGGCUCGAGCAGCGUCGGUGACCACCUGGUGAACCUCGAGGACAUCGACCUGGACGCGCAGUUUUUCAGCCAGGAGUUUCGGAGCGAGAAUGUUGCGUCGAUUGAAGAAAGGGUACGGCCGGAAGUGCUGUCGAGUGAUUCGGACGGGGAGGGUGAUGCUGAAGAGAGGGGACGGAUUUGCGAGAUGCUCACGCAGCUGGCGCAGUUUAACAGCGACGCUGCUCGGGAGGUUGUUGAGCGGAACAGGGAGGUCGUUGGUUCCGUUGAUGUAGGGAUGGAUGGGGAGGAGAUUUUGAGGUCGAUUCAUAAGGUUGAGGGAAUUGAAGUGGUAGAACAGAAGGAAGGUUCCGAUGGGGAAUGGGAGUUGAUUAAGGCUUUAAAUGUUGAGGAAACGAAACAGAAGGAUGUUGAAGUUACCAUAACUCAACGGAAAACCGGUAAAAAUGGUAAAAUUAUAGACGUGGAUGCAUGUCUUAAAAGAUUACUUCAAAGUGAACGUAGAGAUAAAUUCUUACAUACACAUCAAGUACAUUUACUUUGCAUGUUAGGAAGAGGAUUCUACCUUAACAAGUUAGUUAAUCAAGCAGUAUCAGAUUGUAGCCAACAAAUUGUUCAACUGCUUAACAUUCAGCAAGACGAGGUACCUUCUGAACCAGAUUUCAAUUAUCUGAAGUCAGUUUGUGAUAUUUGCCAAAAGAUUAGAAGAGUAGACGAAUUUUCUAAUAGUUGUAGAAAAAUGUUUAGCGAAAAUAUCUCUCGAGACGAAGCGUUCGUACUGUUGAGCAUCACAAUUCUGCGAUUUCUAGCCAUAGAAGCACGACUAGUCAUGUACUUAAACGUUAUAUCCAAAGCCAUGGUCCAAGAGAAGCCUAAACCGAAACCUCAACCGAAAGCCAAAAGUAACCCGUCCCCAGAACUGCCAACUCAACGCUACACUGACGUCGCUCUUACAACCUCCGAGAUUCUGAAGCGAAAGCCCGAGUUUGCUCACUUUUCCCAAGUUCCACAACUCGACGGAGCCGAUGACGCGCCGUUAGAGCCGAAACGACCUCGCCUGUGGAAGCUGAAGCAAUCUGCACCCGCGAGAGUGUCCGUUUCAAGCGGAAAGCCGAAACGUGGGACGACCUCCAAGUUCUUCAACAAGUCAAAAGCGAAGCAGACGAAGAAAUUGGUAUCCGAUCAACAGCCAAGUCUAUCCCUGUGGAUCGAAGUGUAUCUCACGGCGGAGAAGUGCUGGGCUCCCGUGGACAUCCUGAACAAUCAGGUUGGCUUGGAGCACGUGAUGAAGCGACUUCCAGAUCCAGUGGUCUACGUGUUCGGCUGGAGCAACGACGACACGUUGCAGGAUGUUAGCGGCCGAUAUUGGUGGAAAAACGAGAUGUCCGCUCGACAUCAACGCGUCACCGAAAAGUGGCUGCGUCCCGUGCUUCACCGCUUCGACAGAAGACGAAAGGUCAUGCGCGAUCUCGUGGAUCAGCUACAGUUUCGACAGCUGCGGUCCAGAGCACCGAUUCCGGAGAAGUUGUCCGAGUUCAAAAACCACCCCUCGUACUGCCUCAAACGCGACCUGCUCAAAUUCCAAGCCAUCUACCCGCCGGACGCACCCCCGCUAGGCUUCUUCCACGGCGAACCCAUCUACGGCCGCGAGUGCGUCCACACGCUGCACUCGCGCGAGGUUUGGCUGCGCCACGCCAAAACCAUCCGCCUGCGCGAGUCCCCCUACAAGGUGGUCAUGUCCAAGCUGCGCCGGGAGCCCACCCAGCUCGAGCUGUUCGGCCACUGGCAGACGGAGGAGUACGUGCCGCCGGAGCCGCGCGACGGCAAGGUUCCGCGCAACGCGUACGGCAACAUCGAGAUCUUCAAGGAGUGCAUGCUGCCGCGCGGGGCGGUCCAUUUGAAGCAGCCCAACAUCUCGCGGAUCUGUCGCCGGUUGAACGUGGACUACGCGCCCGCCGUGGUCGGCUUUGGGAUUCACGCCGGUGGGAAUCACCCGGUGUUCGAGGGGAUUGUAAUCUGCCGGGAGUUUGAGCAGCGUGUUCUGGACGAGUACGAGCGCGACCUGGUGGAACAGGAGCAACAGAAGCGGGAAAAGCGCGAGCGUCGGAUAUACGACAAUUGGCGCAAACUGAUCAAAGGACUGCUGAUCCGAAGCAGGUUGCGAGCGAAAUAUAACUUUGAUCGGCUUUGAGAGCAUGAA